AUGCCAUCGUUGUUGAAUGUGGUUCACCUCAAUAUUAGAUCUCUGGUUGCAAAUAUAGGGAUGCUGCGUAGCUACGUCGAUGAUAACGACAUCGAUUUUAUCUUGAAAAUUCAUACAGAAAAAUGCAUUCUAAAAUUAGAAAACGCUCUUCCAGCACCAAGCAAUCGAAAAAUCAACUCGAGCGGUGCUCCCAAGGCUAAGCGUGCCAGAACGUGUUCCGCUACAUAUCAACUGGUACAACUGGAAGAGGAGCUCUUCGGCAACAAGUAUCUGAGCCGACUAAGACGAAAUCAAAUGGCACAUGAUUUGAACCUCACCGAAUGUUAA